ACUUCGCUCGGGAGCGCGCGCGCGCGGGGGCGCGCAGGGAGAGCGGGCGGAGCCUGCGGGGGAUUCCCCGCCCCGAGUCCCUUCUCUUAAAGCCUUGGGCCGCUCACGAGCUCGAGACUCGGCGCUCGGAUCCCCCAGCAGCUGCGCCAGGUGUUCUGUCGUCAUGGCGGCCUCCAUGUUUCCACUGACCGGCGACUCCCACCUCUUAGUGGGAGAGCCCUGCGUUCAGAUCUUCGAGGAGCCCAAGCAGAGGGGCAUGCGCUUCCGGUACAAGUGUGAGGGACGCUCAGCUGGCAGCAUCCCGGGGAGGAUGAGCACCGACAACAACAGGACCUACCCCAGCAUCCAGAUUCUGAACUACUGUGGGAAAGGCAAAGUGCGGGUUUCCCUGGUGACCAAGAGCGAGCCCUACAGGCCACACCCCCACGACCUGGUGGGCAAGGACUGCCGGGACGGCUACUACGAGGCCGAGUUCGGGCCCGACCGCAAGGUCAUUGCGUUCCAGAACCUGGGAAUCCAGUGUGUGAGGAGGAGGGAGGUGAAGGAUGCCAUCGUACAGAGAGUGAACCGCGGCAUCAACCCGUUCAACGUAUCCCGCGAGCAGCUGCUACAGACGGAGGAGUACGACCUCAACGUGGUGCGGCUCUGCUUCCAGGUGUUCCUGCAGGACCAGUCGGGUCAUUACACUCGAGCGCUGAGACCCAUCGUCUCCAACCCCAUCUACGACAACCGAGCCCCCAACACGGCAGAACUGCGCAUUUGUCGUGUCAACAAGAACAGUGGCGGCGUCAAGGGCGGGGAUGAGAUCUUCCUGCUGUGCGACAAGGUGCAGAAAGACGACAUCGAGGUCCGAUUCUUCACUCAGACCUGGGAGGCCAAGGGCUCCUUUUCCCAGGCUGACGUCCACAGGCAGGUGGCCAUUGUCUUCAAGACCCCCCCAUACUUCGACCCAUCCAUCACAUCCCCCGUGACUGUGCACAUGCAGCUGCGCCGUCCCACUGACCAGGAAGUCAGCGAGCCCAUGGAAUUCCGCUAUCUGCCUGAUGACAAAGACCCCUACGGCUGCCAGGAGAAGAAGCGAAGGAGGGAGGACCUGAUGAAGGUAUUGCCGACUUUCUCAGGAAUGAGCUCCACAAACCGAGUGAAGUUGUCGGCGCGGACUCCCACCACGACCGUGAAAAAAGAGCCACUCCACAUGUUCACGAAGCCGCUGAUUUCCAGCCUGAUGUCUCAGACUGCGGGGGGAACCUACAGCAGCAGCGCGGCAUAUCAGCCGACUCCACAGCGCCCCAUGGUGGCGCCGCCCCCCAUGGGCCAAGCGCCGCUCUCCACCAACCCGACGUGGCUGCUGCCCAACCCGGCACCGCCUGUCUCCCUGGACACCCUCCAGUUCAACACGCCCCCCCCUUCGGCGACUCCCACAUCGGUGUUCCCGGGAGGCACGGGGGAAGAGCAUGGCGGCAGCCUGCCCCAGCUCAUGGAGGGGGACCUGCAGUGCCUGAUGGCGGAACCCCAGGCUCCGGAGACCCCAGCAUGGGGGGCCCAGCAGCAGCUGCUCCAGCGCCUGCCCCCUGUCAAGGAGCCCAGGGCUUCCUGGUCCAGUUACGGCGUCCCGCCCCCCCAGGGCUUGCUGAACGGCAGCGGCUGCCCCCCCGCGCCCAUGACCCUCGACUACCUGCACCUCAUGGAGACCGAGGAGAUUCUGCAGCCCUUCAACCCCCAGCUGGUGUUCCAGGCCAAGCAGGAGACGCCCACGUCGGGACAGGAUCCAAACCCCAGUGCGGCCCUCAUGACUUCGUCCAACUGUGGCCCGUCUUACACCCCCCUGGUGCCCGCCCAGCCGGUGACCAACGGCGGAGCCCUGGAGGCCCUGAGGCAGGCUGGUGGGGGGGCGUCCAGCAGCCCCGGUUCCACCGCACACAAUAACUUUGGCAACGGGGUUGGCGGCGAGACUCGGUUUGACACCAUCAACUGGCCGUCGUUCUUCACAGAAUGACGGCAGCGAUGACGUGCGGCAGCUUCCCGGUAGGAGGUCUCCGCUGGCGGCGCACACGAGCUGGGACUCGAACUGGAGCUGGAACCACGCGGUCGGAAAGGGUCUCUUAUAACUGACUGUGUGGUUUUGCGCUAUACCUGGACCGGGUGGCCUGCCCCCCCAUGUGAACCGCACUGACCCUCCUACCGCCGGCAUCAGAACGGAUUUUGUCUGUGACACAGCUCCACAUUCACUGGGAUCGUGUUUGUGUUUCGCACGUGAACUGAGCCGAAGCUGUGGGACACGGUGACCUCAGACGCACUUUCGUUUGACGAGGAGAAGUGAGAGGAGGCUACGCUCCACUGUAAUGCCCGUGUCAUGUCGAACCCUUCGCCAACAGGAGCUCUGCACUUUUCUGGGCGCCCUGUGCCCACGCGCCGCCGCCCGUGGUUCUCUGGCGUGGUUCCGCUUUUCGGGGGCGGAGCUUGUGAACCGGGCACCUCGCCCUGUACGCUUAGUGCUGUACAUUUCCCACACCUGCCUUUCUUUGAAAGAUAUACACAGAAUGUUUUCUUAGUUUUAUAUGUAACAUGGUUUGUAAUUUAAG